GGUUGCAGGCGGUUUGUUUGAAAACAAAUGUUUUCGGUCAGCUUCAUGACAUUUUCUUAAUAUUUAGGCAAUAAGAAUGGGUAAACUACUUAGUAAAUCGACUUCGAAUAACGAUAGAUACAGCUCCAUGCCGCACCAUACAGGAGUUACCCCUUCACAGUCUACAGUUGAGUCAGAUACAUUCCGUCAGUUUGAGCAAGUACAUUCCGAUGCUGUCAACUCAGUGAGUGCAAUAUCUCCAGGAGUUUGUCUCUCAGGAAGUAAGGAUAAGAGCGUACUGUUAUAUGACUAUAACACCGGUGUUGUCCAGCAGGUCUGGAAUGGUCACGACAAAGAAGUCACAAAGGUUGCGUAUAACAAUGAUCUCCACACAGUGUUUAGUGCCUCAAGAGACAAGACGGUUAAACUUUGGCAGGCCAAUCAGAUCUCUCCAGUCAAGACUCUCACGGGACACGAACUAGUCGUGACAGCACUCAGUUUAAAUUCAGAUAACACAAGGCUCUGUACGGGUUCUAGGGACAAUUCUCUGAGAUUAUGGGAUAUACACACAGGGUCCUGUACUCUUCAGAACGCAAUUACUCGCAAUCUUGUGACUGAUAUAAAAUGGGGCAAGAACUCUCAUCAACUGGUGUCAUCCAGUGAGGAUAAAGAAGUCAGGAUAUGGGACUCUAGGACGUUGCAAGUGAGCCAUAGUUUUCCACGCAAGCAGUACAUACAGACAAGCUGUGAUAUCAGUGAUGAUCUUAAUUAUUGCAUCUCAUCCAGCAAUGGAUUUGGCGGAAAUGGAUGCGAAACAACGCUAUGGGACAUGCGUACAUUGUCUAUAGUUCACGAGUACCAAGGUCACGGAGAGACAGUUGGAUCCUGUAUAUUUAUGCCCAGCAUAGCCAAUAGGAACCUUGUGGCAACUACGUCAAAUGACUGCAGUAUUAGAGUCUGGGAUAGAGACUCUGCAAAGUGCCUGUGUUACUGUGUUAUCCCAGGGUCGGGUCCUCUUACUUCUGUAUCAUCUUACCCAGAUGGCAGGUUAGCAGUAGGCAGCUUCAACUUAGGUGUUCAUAUAUUUGACUUCCAUUGUGGAGCAGGGGGAACAUUUAGCUUAGAGAGAAAGGCCCAGUAUUGAGUAUUGGACACUUAGUUUGGAAAUAAAGGCCUUUAUUAAAUACUAGGGAUUUGGCUCAGAAAGGAAGGCCUAGUGUUGACUAGUCUACUUGAUAUUUAGCCCAGAAAGUUCUAGCACCAAGUAUUGAGUAAAGGACUUUUGGUUGGAGAAAAACAUCACUGGGUAAUUAGCCCACAAAGAAAUGCCUAGCACCUAGUUUUGAGUAUUAGACAUUUAAUUGGAGAGUAAGACUUGGUAUUGGGUACCUGGAUACUUGGCUGAGAAAGAUUUAGCACCAAAUAUGGAAUACUAGACAUUUAGCUUGGAAAAAACACUGGAUGAUAAAUUAAUAUGAUUAAUGAUGAUUAAUACUGCACAUUUAGUUUGGAAUAUGACCCAGUAUUGAGUACUGGCCCGAUAAUUAGCCUAGAAAGGAUCAUGUGGUGAUGAGUACUGAACAUUAAGCUCAAUAGAGCUUUGAAAAGGUGUUGUGUGUAAUUGGUGUCAUUUACUCUGAAAGAAUUUCUUUUUUAUGGAGUACUUGAUUUUUAAGAAAGUCUAGUAUUGAGUACUGGAUAUUACUACAGUGAAGAAGGCCUUGUUUCAAGAUUUCUACAUGUAUGUAUAAUAGAGCUGAGGAGGUGAUUUGAUAGAGAGGGGUACACACCCUUUGCAGGUGAUGCUGCAGAAAAUGCUUGGUGCGGAUAUCAUGCACAUG